AGAAUAUUGAGGAUGCAUGUAAAUGGUCACGUUUUUAGUGCGAAGGAAUUUUUUCGACAACACAAAAAGCAGCUCCACUACUUCCGUAGUCGUGUUUCCCUUUAACCCUAUUUUGCCUCCGCAAUUUCUCCAUGGAUUCAGGCGGCGGCGGACCCAAUAAUUCCCGGUACCAGCGAAAAUUGCCGUCGUCCGAUCGUUUCCUCGGCAUUUUCUCCACCGCUCACUCACAAUCCCAACCCUCUGCUUCGACUUCCGCCGCCGAAGUUGAGCUCAGCGAGCACGACAUUUUUGACGCAUCCUCCGAUGCAAUUCAACACUCCACUCCUUCAACUUCAACAAGUCCGAUCGCUAAUUAUCAUCGGUCCCCUAACCAUCUCUCCCAUCACAAACAUUUCGGUAUCCUAGCCGCGUUGCCGGAGUCUGAGUCCCACGCGCAGGCUUUGCUCUCCGUUUCUUCAUCCUCCUCGUCUUCCUCUACGUCGUCGGCUCGUUUAAUUCCUACAAUUCCUAAACGGCCGCCAGUGGAUCGUGUUAAAUAUCUCCAGUCUGCACCGGUGAAUGUACCUGUAAUGUCAGCAGCAGCGCGCCGAAGAGGCAGGCAUUUCGACGAUGUUGAUGAUGAUGUCGACGGUGGUGAGGUGUUACCACCGCAUGAAAUUGUUGCGUCGAGAAAGACACCAAUUUUGGCAUCCUCUGUGGUUGAGGGAGCUGGGAGGAAGUUGAAAGGGAGGGAUUUGAGGCAAGUCCGAGAUGCUAUCUUGCAGAAGACAGUUAUCUUUGCAUAUGGAGAAUAUAUGUAAUUUGAAAGAUGUUAAAAGCAGUAUAUUUGAAGGCGAGUAUAAGGUGCUCCUUGGGGCGUCCUGGUGAAAGGUGCAGUAACUUGCGUCAAGGUGUGCGUGUGAAUGGUGCACACUAUGGGGUCGGUAGGACGCCUGGAUUUCCUGCAUUCCUGGCAGCAGGUUAUGCCCCCAACGGUGAAGGGAAAUUAUGUAAGCCUUCAAUUUUCAAAACCUCUCUUUGUGGUUUGUUUACCCGGUAUGCUUCUACGUAUAUCUGUUAAAGUUAAGAAGCUCACUGUUAUCACCUUUCAAGUUUCUCUUUGUAGUUCGUUUACCUAAGAACCAAAUUCUUUUCAGUAUACCUGAGAAGUGAGCCCCAAAUUCACUCUCUUCAAUGACCCUCUUCCCUCCCUGCCCCAAAAGAAAAAAGAAAGAGAACAUCUUGAGUGAGUUGCGCCAUUCCCCCGUCUUCUCGACCCAUUGGAGGAAAUACCAGCCUAAAGUCCAAGAUUCUUGCAAAAUUGUUACUCCCUCCGUUUCACAAAGAAUGAUCUGGUUUGAUUUGACACGGAGUUUAAGAGUAUGAGUAAACUUUUGGAUAUUGUGGUGCUAAAUUAAAGUUAAGUGAAAUGUACAAAACUGCCCUUUGAUUUUGUUGCCUUAAACAUGUCACGUGGAAAGUUGAAUUUAAAAUGUUAUUAAAAAAAGAGGUCGUUCUUUUUGAAACAGACUAAAAAGGAAAGGAGGUUAUUCUUUUUGAAAAGGAGGGAGUAUUAAAUUUUUGUAGGUCAUUUUUCUUGUGAACUUUAAUAGUUUUAGUUCCUUUUUUUUAAAAAAAAUGCUUUAGAGGGUGUAAGAAGUAGUUUAAUUGCUCUAAAAGUUGGACAUGAGUUGGUAGGAAAUGGAAUAUAAUUGAAAACGAAAAUGACCAUAAAGUUAGGUUGAUGUUAGGGUAUUAAAGUUUUGGGUUGUUAGCAUGUUGUUAAUUUGGCUAAAAAUAAUUUUACGUUUUCUGACCCUGAAAUUAUUACUAGUAUAAUUUUUUACAUUUUGGACGUAAUAAUAUAUACAAAUAUUAAUAUUAAAUGGUCAUGUUCAUGCCUUGUGUAAAAUGCGUUGCCUCGCACAGCUUAGAGCUACCUUGUAACAUUAAUCUUUUUACAGAGGUAUUUAUGAGGUGAGAUGUAAAUGAUGAGAGGCCAGUUCAAAAUUCAGAUAAACGUCCUUGUAUAGAAAUAGGAGUAAAUAUAGUCUUCAAGGUUUCGUUGCGGAGAUGAAAUAAAAGCUUAAUUCUAACUCUCCUCACAUUUAUUGAAGGUGUCACACCAACCACCCUUCUGGUUGGGAAUUCAGAUACCUGCAGCUAUCAUCAACCACAUGUUUCAAUGUUAUCCAAAAACGAACACAUCUACUAGUUUCAAUUAGACAAUCUACUAAGAAGGCACACAAAA